CUCUCUCUUUACAAAAUUAUUUUAUUACAGGGCUUAUAUAAAUAUAUAUUUUUUAAUAAAGUUAAAAAAGAGAGAUUUUUAGUUCUGAGUUCUAACCCCGUAAUCUGUUAAAUAAAGAAUUGUUUUUUUUUUAUUUGUUUAAAUAUUUAUUAUCAUUAGUUAAAGAAAACAGUUAAUUUCGUUUGUAUAUGCUCGGCGGUGAUGCCUACGGCGGUAAGUGUUGCCAGGCAAUGUUUGACGCCGGAGGCAGCGCAUGCGCUAGAUGAGGCCGUGGCCGUGGCUCGCCGCCGUGGCCACGCUCAAACGACGUCGCUUCAUGCGGUCUCGGCGCUCCUCUCGCUGCCGUCGUCGCCGCUACGAGACGCGUGCGCGCGUGCCCGGAACUCGGCUUACUCGCCUCGCCUCCAGUUUAAGGCUAUGGAGCUCUGCCUCAGCGUUUCGCUGGACCGAGUCUCGUCGACCCAACUCGCUGACGACCCGCCCGUGUCGAACUCGCUCAUGGCAGCCAUUAAACGCUCCCAAGCUAACCAGAGAAGACAUCCCGAGAAUUACCAUAUGUACCACCAAAUUCCUCAACAGUCUUCAAUUGCUUGCGUUAAAGUGGAGCUACAACACCUGACUCUGUCGAUUCUCGACGACCCUGUUGUCAGCCGGGUCUUUGGUGAAGCGGGUUUUCGAAGCUCCGAGAUAAAGCUCGCUAUUUUGCGACCCUUUUCACAACUCCUCAGAUAUUCACGAUACAGGGGACCUCCUGUUUUCCUCUGCAACUUGACCGAGUACCCUCCUAAUCAAGCAAACCGGAGCUCUAGCUUCUCCUUCCCGGGUUUCCCCGGAAUCGUAUCCGACGGCGAUGGUAAUUGUCGCCGUAUAGGAGAUAUUCUUGUCCGGAACAAGGGAAGAAAUCCUCUGCUCGUGGGUGUAUGCGCUUACGAUGCACUGCGGAGCUUCACCGAGGCUCUUGAGAAGAGAAAAGAUGGCGUUUUGCCGGUUGGGUUAUCUGGGUUGACUGUAGUUUGUGUCGAAAAUGAUGUUUCGAAGACUAUUAUGGAGGAGUCAGAAAAAGGGUGUUUGAGUUUAAAGUUAAGGGAGAUAAGCAAGCUAGUUGAGCAGUGUUCUGGGCCGGGUGUGGUUGUGAACUUUGGCGAUUUGAAGACAUUCGUGGAUGAAAAUUCAACCGUUGAUAUUGCAGGAGUGAGCAAUGUCGUCGACCAAUUGACGAGGUUUUUGGAGCUUCAGGCCGGGAAAGCGUGGUUAAUCGGUGCCACGGCAAGCUACGAGAGCUAUUUGAAGUUUGUGAGUAGGUUUCCGUCGAUUGAAAAAGAUUGGGACCUUCAACUUCUUCCCAUAACCUCUCUCAGAUCUUCCAUGCCUGAAUCCUAUCCCAGGUCCAGCUUGAUGGAGACAUUUGUUCCGCUUGGCGGAUUCUUUUCAGCACCAACUGAUGUAAAGUUCCCCUUAAGCAGUUCUUUUCAAUGCCUGUCUCGCUCUCUCCCGCACAGUGAUAAUUCUGAGCAUGAAGUAUCUAAUGUGUCAAAGGUGGCCAUUACUUCUUCAGUUGCAGAUCAGUGCCCAUCUAGGUUGCCUUCUUGGUUGCAAAUGGCAGCACUUAAUGCUAAGAAGGAAUUGGAUGUGAAGACCAAAGAUGAUGGAGAUCUAUUGAAUGUCAAAGUUCCAGGGCUGCAGAAGAGUAGGGAUAAUGCUUCUCACCACACUAGACGAUUGUCUGAAGCAAAUUUGUAUCCAACUAUAGUCGGGUUCCAGUCUGCCGAAAAUAGGAGGGACAGUGCUGCUAAUCAGAGCAGUAUCAAUGAGGAUGUUUCCUCACAUGGAACUAGGCACAUGGAUCUGAAUUCAUGCUUGCCAACGGAUGUUAAAAAGUUUUCAGCAUCACAAGCAAGCAAUCCUUUUCCUGUUUCCAAAGAGAAGACAGAGAGUUUUUCAUCUGGAAUAUGGGAAAAGCCUUCAAAAGAUGAAGAUCUUGAGUCGGGUGGCACCAGGUCUCCUCGUUGCAGUAUCUCCAAUUCAAGCAUGGGUGAUGGAAAUCAAAGAUCUCCUGCAUCUGCAACUUCUGUGACCACAGACCUGGGCCUGGGGAUUUUCAUUUCCAGUGGUUUUAACAAGUUAAAGAAACCUGAAAAUCAAUAUCACUUGGAGCUUCAGCAAGACAACUCAGGUUGUAUCUUGGAAAAUGCUGACCUCACCAAUGGCUAUCAGUUCAAUCAUAGGUCUCAGUCGAUAUCUGCUAGUCCGGACAAUCAUAGGCAAUUUGAUCCAAGAGAUGUGAAGACGCUCUUUAGAGCUCUAUUUGAGAGUGUUGGCUGGCAAUGGGAAGCCAUAAGUGUUAUUAGCCAAACUUUAGUCCGCUGCAGAACAAGAGAAAAAUGCCGGGGAGGAAGUCAGAGAGGGGAUAUAUGGUUGAAUUUCAUUGGUCCGGAUAGGUGUAGCAAGAAGAAAAUUGCUUAUUCUCUUGCUGGGAUAUUAUAUGGAAGCCGGGAGAAUGUGAUCUGUGUGGAUCUGAGCUCUGGAACUGGAAUGGUCCAUUCAGAAACAGAAACAGAUAAUUAUGAUGUAAACUUUAGAGGGAAGAGUGUCGUUGAUUGUAUUGCUGGGGAAAUGUACAAGAAACCUCUGGCAGUUGUCUUCCUUGAAAAUGUUCACAAGUCUGAUGUACUGGUUCGAAAAAGUUUAUUGCAGGCUAUCUCGACUGGUAAAUUUUCAGACUCCUACGGAAGAGAAGUCAGCACAAGUAACAAAAUCUUCUUGACAACUUCAGCAUUCUCGAAGGACUAUAAUAUCCAGGUUUCUAAUAAGGAAUCAUCCAAAUAUUCCGAGGAAAGAAUCUCAAAUGCAAAAGGUCGGCCACUGAGGAUUAUGAUUGAAGGUGCUUCUAAAGAUAGUGGUGUAAGCCAAAGCAGGAUACUACCUGACAUCAUUUCAAAUCAAAUAGUUAACAAACGGAAGUUAAUUGGUGUUGGAGAACCUCUACAGCAGCAUGAUAGUUCGGAGAUGGUGAAACGAGCACACAAGACAUCAUCUGGGCAUCUAGAUCUCAAUCUUCCUGCUGAAGAAAAUGAACUGCAGCAGCAAGCAAAUGAGGGAAGCUCUGAAAAUGACUGUGUUUCUGAGAACUCCGAGGCUUGGUUACAAGAUUUCAUUGACCAAGUCGAUGAAACAGUGGUUUUCAAACCGGUCGAUUUCAAUUUGCUUGCUGAGAAAAUCUUCAAUGAGAUAAAAAAUAGCUUCCACAAAACUGUUCACUCCAGGUGUAUCCUGGAGAUUGAGUCCAAGGUCAUGGAACAAUUACUUGCAGCCACAUAUUUGUCAGAUGGGUUCAAAGUGGUGCAAGAAUGGGUGGGUCAAGUUCUCAGUAGGGGAUUUUCAGAACUCCAGAAGAGGCACAGCAGCCUUACUGUUCAUUCUGUUGUGAAGAUAGUUACUUGUGAGAGCCUCAGCCUGGAGGAGCAACCCCAAACAGUUUACCUUCCAUCUAGAAUCAUCAUAAACUGAUGCAGUAGAUAUCACAAGAAAACAAGCUUUAUUUUUUGUAAUUAUAGUAUAAUGUCAUAAUAUAGCACUUAGUUUUUAGCCACUUCUCUUUAGGCUCUGUCAAUUCCCAUAAAAUGAUUCGGUUUAUGCUUUGUGUAUGAUAAUGUAAUUUGCAGCUAGUGACCGUGUGAUUUUUAUCCUUUAUGCACUAAAUAAGCUGAAGCUGUUAAUGUUUUUUC